AUGCCAGAAGUGGGGGUUUAUCCUUCCCAAGAAAUUAAUGCUUUUGCCACCGGUCCAGCCGGUAAUACUUUAAUUGCUUUUUCCAGUAAUUUAGUUAAUGCUAUGAGCCUCCAAGAAAUUAGAGGGGUGGUCGGCCACGAAUUAUCCCACCUUAUCCAUUAUGAUAUCGCCCGGAUUUUGUUAGUGCAGGCAAUAUUUGACGUUAUUCAUUUAAUACUUAGUGUUUUAAUUGCUUCGUGGUUAUUUCGGCCCAGUGAAGAGGAGAGAAGAACAGGAGAAUCUAAUUUCAUUAAGUUCAUUUUUAAAGUUAUACUUUUUCGGAUAAUCACGGCCAUUUUACGUUUAAUUGUAGACGGAGUAGACUUAACUGAAGACGAAAAUGUUCAACAAGGCGAACCUAACUCAAUUUCUUUAUUAAAAUUCAAUCCUGAAAAGAAAAAAAGGGGAUUACUUGAUUUAUUUCGCACUCAUCCUACUUUGGAAGAGAGAAUUGAGCGACUAGAAAAGUUGAAAAAGCAGCGAAAAUUACCUGUUUUUAUUAAUAAUGCUACUUCCGAUUCUCCUAGUGGUCUGGGCAAGGCUUUUAGUAAUGUGCUCGGUGCUUCACCGGCUCUGAAAACGAUAAUAAAUGAGUUGAUUGGACCCAAUUUCAGUUUGGAUUUUCUUUUCUGGUUUAUUCUAGUCUGA